UUCGACAUCAGAGGAUUCAACAACGUUCUAUUUGUAAACGUACAUGGUUCGUUGUAUCCGAUACAGUAUGAAGAUUCCAUCGCCCCCCAGACCGGGUUUUCCUGCAAAAGGCCUCCCAACAUGGCAGCUCCAUAUGAAGAUAAAAUCGUCACAGUGUUCGACGGCGCAUUAACGAUAUGCUGGAAGCGCCACCCAAAAAGAGACUUCGCCUUCGAGGCAACCUUUCAGCUCGAUCAUCCUGCGCUCGCCAAAUUCAGGUCCGGCAAACCCCCGCUCCAUUUCCACCCCCAUCAAGAAGAGUACAUAAAAGUCACCGAAGGGAGUCUGGCGGUCGAAUUUGAAGGCCAAGAACAUGUGUUGACCUCUGAGGACGGUGAGUUUCUCGUCAAGCCUUGGGCAAUACAUCGAUUAUAUACGCUGCCGCCCUCGGCGCAAGGGGAAGACUCGUCCACCCACGGCAAUAGAGUUAGCUUCCAGGCGUCUGGAGAAAGAACGGAAGAAAUGUACAAAAUGGACUACCUGUUCUUUGAGAACUGGUACGGUUACCAGGAUGAGAUGAUACGGGAUCGUAAGAGCAUAAGUCUGAUUCAGACCAUGUCUAUGUUCGAUGCUGGAGGUUCAUAUAUAGUCCUGCCAUGGUGGGUGCCAUUCAGAAGGCGAACAUCACAGAUCCUCGGGAUUCUCAUAGGAAGAUGCCUGGGAGGCUUAUUGGGCUAUCGGCCGUUCUAUCGCAAGUGGUCGACAGAUUGGUCACUUGCGCAAAGCAAGAUGAGGACUUCAAUUUUCCAUUGGCACUUUGCGGGACGCGACAAGUUGGAGUGA